AUGGAAUUCUCAAUAAUUUUAAUAAAAGUAUUAAUGAUUUUAAUUCUUUUGUGUGCGGAAAGUAGUGGAAGAUUUGUUCAUAAAAUUGAAGAUCACAAUUUACCCAUGCCAAAGGAAGUUUCUCAGUGUCGGAAAGGCUGUUUAAUGAAAUUUCUAAACCAUCCUUUCAAUAAAUCAAAUCAUGAUGAAUGCUCGCUUACACCUAAUUGUUUUAUGUGUUGGGAUUACUGUUUAAUGCUUCACAAAGACAGGAACAAGAAGGUUAUAACUACUUUGAUGUGUACUGAUGGAAUUUGUGUGAGUAGACACAUACAUAAUGAUUAA